GGAGAUAACUCAGCCCAGUAGUUAUAACAAUAACACGAUGGGUGGAAGAUGGCAAUGGAUUGAUGCUCAUUUUAGUUGCCUUCCUUCUCAGAGCAAUGUCUAUGGUUUAACAACGUUCUCUAAAGCUGAUGGCACUACAAAAUUACUGACAGGAUGUAUGAAUGGCAAAGUAAUGAGCGUGGAGUACCACAAACAUUCAGACAAAUUACGGCCGUCCUCCAGAGAAAUCCAAUUUACAUAUAUCCCUGGUGAUGCCGAACUUGUAGCUAUCGACGCUUUUCGUAAGGUAUUUCAUGAUGACGAACUUAUAAUCGGAAUUGCUUUCCUGAAAUUAGAAGAAAAUGAAAACAAAACAUGUCAGUUUUUGAAUAUUUAUUCUUCUUGGGAAAAAGAAUUGGAUAUUAAACCGAACUCAGAUCAAGUAACACCUAUAUGUCAGUAUUUGAAGUUGGAAUUUAUACCCUAUCAGCUCACGCACACUCAAUUAAUUACCAAAAAUUCGAAGGAAACUGUAUUCUUAUUGAGUGGAAACGAUAAAAAGGUUCACUUAUAUCGAGAGGAUGUUAGCCUUGAACAUUCAUUUAUGGAGGUUUCUGUUGUGGAGUAUUUUCCAGAGUUCCAGACAAUAACCAGUUGUAUUCUGUGGAUCAACAUUGUUUACGUUGACAAAAAUAAGCAAAGAAUUACUGCCAGAGGACAUCAGAACGGUGAAAUUAUUGUCUUUUUAGUCGAACCAUUGUCUAAAGUCAUCUUAAAGCAGUUUUCAAUUUGUCAUGAUGGACCAAUCACUCGAGUUCUACUGUUUACGUCAGAAAGCAAAGUAGCGGUACCUGCAUGUCUUGAGCAUCUUGGCCUUGAGAGUAAUACCGAGUGUGAUGUGUCUGACUAUCACCUGCUUGUUGUGAGUGCAGUUGAACAUUCUGUUGUCUAUAAGAAUGUGCUAAACAAGGAGUUCUCUGACCAACUUCUACUUCCUGAUAGUAAUAAAUCUGACUGUGUUAUGUGUGCUUGUGCAGUAGAUAUUGACUUUGAUGGCCAAAACGAACUGCUGUUGGGUACAUACGGGCAAGAACUUUUAGCUUACAAGUUUCAGACAAUAGCACCUCAAGAACCUGCAAGCCCGAUUGAUAAUUUUGACGAACUUCAAACAAUGAAUUCCAGGAGAAAAGCUUACUCUUUUUCUGUCAGCAGUAAGAAAAUGUACAAAUACACGACUGGAGAUUUAACAUCGACUCCAAAGACAGUCUAUAAAGAUGAUUCUAGCAUGCCUGAUAACUGGAAUAUUAACAGCUAUUCACCUGAGGUUGAUAUCAUAUCAGAUAUGUUUAACACUCGACCUUCGUUCUCCAAAGGUCAGCCUCAAGCUGGUUACCAGUUGUUGUGGCACCGUAGUUUCGCUUCUCCAGUUGUUGCUGUCGAACAUGCUGAUGUGAUGGGUGAUGGUAUGGAUGAUCUAAUUGUUCUUACCCUUAAAGGGCUACAUAUACUACAGCCAAAUUUAACUAACGUCGCUGAAAUAUGCUUUAAUAAAUUAAAUGCAUUGUUGAAUUCUUCCAUGUCAAACGAUGAAAAUGAAAAGAGAGAAGCUACUUAAGACAUUUCAUCUUUCCUCUCCAUCAUGUGUAUAAUUUUUAUUGAAGAAAAUUAAAUUAUUACGAUAAUUACCAAA